AUGGUGCUGGAAGGAAACCCCGACCUGGGGUCCCCCCGAACCUCAGACCUCCAGCGCCCUGGAAGCCAGGGCUCUUGCAUCCUCUCUUCCGGGGAAGACGUGCAGCCGGGCGAGGAGCCCAUCAAGUAUGGCGAACUCAUCGUCCUGGGCUACAACGGGUGCCUGUCGAGCGGGGACAAGGGCCGCCGGCGAAGCCGCCUGGCGCUGAACCGCAGGCCGCACGCCAACGGGGUGAAGCCGGACGUCAUGCACCACAUCUCCACGCCGCUCAUCUCCAAGGCACUGAGCAACCGAGGCCAGCACAGCAUCUCCUACACCCUGUCCCGGAGCCACUCGGUCAUCGUCGAGUACACACACGACAGCGACACAGACAUGUUCCAGAUCGGCCGCUCCACGGAGAACAUGAUCGACUUUGUGGUGACAGACACGUCUCCCGGAGGCGGGGUGGCCGAGGGCCCCUCUCCCCAGAGCACCAUCUCCCGAUACGCCUGCCGCAUCCUGUGUGACCGCCGGCCGCCCUACACCGCCCGUCUCUACGCCGCCGGCUUCGAUGCCUCCAGCAACAUCUUCCUCGGAGAGCGAGCAGCCAAAUGGCGGACCCCCGAUGGCCUGAUGGACGGCUUAACCACCAAUGGGGUCCUGGUGAUGCACCCAGCGGGCGGCUUCUCUGAGGACUCGGCCCCAGGUGUCUGGCGGGAGAUCUCAGUCUGUGGGAACGUCUAUUCUCUGAGGGACAGCCGCUCGGCACAGCAGCGGGGGAAGCUGGUGGAGAACGAGUCCAACGAGCUGCAGGACGGCUCGCUCAUCGACCUGUGCGGGGCCACGCUGCUGUGGCGCACGCCGGCCGGGCUGCUGCGGGCGCCCACGCUGAAGCAGCUGGAGGCGCAGCGGCAGGAGGCCAACGCGGCUCGGCCGCAGUGCCCCGUGGGCCUCAGCACGCUGGCCUUCCCCAGCCCGGCCCGCGGCCGCACGGCCCCCGACAAGCAGCAGCCCUGGGUGUACGUGCGCUGCGGCCACGUGCACGGCUACCACGGCUGGGGCUGCCGGCGGGAGCGGGGCCCGCAGGAGCGCGAGUGCCCGCUCUGCCGCCUCGUGGGGCCCUACGUGCCGCUGUGGCUGGGCCAGGAGGCCGGCCUCUGCCUGGACCCCGGGCCGCCCAGCCACGCCUUCGCGCCCUGCGGCCACGUCUGCUCCGAGAAGACUGCCCGCUACUGGGCCCAGACGCCGCUGCCCCACGGCACGCACGCCUUCCACGCCGCCUGCCCCUUCUGCGGGGCCUGGCUCACCGGCGAGCUCGGCUGCGUCCGCCUCAUCUUCCAGGGGCCGCUGGACUAG